CUUGAAAUAAUGAAAUGUAGUGGAGUAAAAAUUAUGAUAAGAUGCUUUGGAAUGUAUGUUUUCCAAAGAAAAACACUGAUAAAAUACAAAUACUUAAAAAUGUACUUUUGUGUAGAAAGUUAAAAUACUUAAGUAAUGUCCGCAUCUGACUUUUAUACAAGUAUUUUCCUACUAUGGAAGUCAGUGGUGCUUCUGUUCCAUGCUUGAUUACAAAUAUCUUUGUGUUUGGCAGAACAAACAAAUUUAUACAGGUUUGUAACCAUUUUUGAGUGAACUAUCUUUAAAUAUUACGUUUCUUAAUAUUGAUGUCACACCACACACACACACACACACACACACACACACACACACACACACACACACACACACACACACACACACACACACACACACACACACACACACACACUAAAUGCAUAUUCAGCGCUAGGAUGUUUACGCAACUUUACAACAAACCGCAAGUAUCAUUUGUAUGUGACCAGAAGUCAAAAUAGUGUUUUUGCUGAUAUACUUUCAGCCUGUUUAUCCAAAUGAUGAAGACUAUGCUCGUCAAAUUUCUGUUGUUUUUUUGCCUGUCAGCUGGUAAGUAAUAAUGUGGUAAAAAUAAAUAUUUUUUCUCUAAUCUGGAUGAAAAGUUCCUUGACAUUUCCUCUUUGUGUUUCAGGUGUGUUUGGUGUUCCUACAGAUAAAGUGAAGUCAGUGUCAGUGAUGGAGGGAGAUUCUGUUACUCUACACACUGAUAUUACUGAAAUACAGAAAAAUUAUACUGUCAUAUGGACUUUUGGAGAAACUUUUCUAGUUAAUGUCCAUAAAGAGUUUCAACUUUUGUCUUCAUUUGAUGGUGCCGAUGGGAGGUUUAAAAACAGGCUUGGGGUUGACAGUAAGACUGGAUCUCUUACGGUUAAAAAUAUCAACACCAGCCACUCUGGAAAUUAUUAUGUCUUUCAUAAAAAUGCCUCAAUCAUGUUCAGUGUUACUGUGUAUGCUCAUCUGCCCGUUCCUAUCAUCACCGGAGAAGCUUCAAGCUCAAAUUGUGUGUUGUUGUGUUCAGUGUUGAAUGUGAGAGAUGUGAGUCUGUCCUGGUACAAAGGAAACAGUUUAUUGUCCAUCAUCAGUGUGUCUGAUCUCAACAUCAGACUCUCUCUACAUCUGGAGGUUGAAUAUCAGGAUACAAACACAUACAGCUGUGUACUCAACAAUCCAUUCAGAAACCAAACUAAACAUCUCAGCAUCAUUCAUCUCUGUCAGAUGUGUUCAGAUUAUAUUCAUUGUUUGGGUUUUACUGAAGCUGUGAUCCGAUUGGUCCUCGCUGCUCUGGUGGGUGUGGCCACUGUUGCUGUAGUGAUUUAUGAGGUCAGAUCCAGAAGAGUUGAACAAGACCGGAGAUAUCCUACAUCACAGUCAGACCUGGACUGAUGCGCUUAAGACCGCACUUUUACUUUGUGUGUUUUCUUUUAUCAAAUGCAAAAUUAAUUGUUGCUU